UUCAAUGACAGCUGACUGCUAUCAUGAUACAUUUCACUCACACAGCUGUUUAACGAUGCAAAGCUGUCAUAAAGAACAUCUGUACAAAAUCCUUGUCAUCGGUGAUCUAGGAGUUGGUAAAACCAGCAUCAUAAAGCGUUAUGUUCAUCAGACAUACUCCACUAACUACAGAGCGACCAUCGGUGUGGACUUUGCGCUUAAGGUUUUAAACUGGGACUCGGAGACGAUCCGCUUACAGCUGUGGGACAUCGCAGGUCAGGAGCGUUUCGGGAACAUGACCCGGGUGUAUUACAGGGAGGCCAUGGGGGCGAUCGUCGUUUUCGACGUUAACAAGCUCGCAACGUUUGAGGCCGUCUCCAAAUGGAAGGAGGAUCUGGACUCGAAAUUAAUACUUUCAAAUGGCCAGGGUAUUGCCACCGUGCUCCUGGCCAAUAAGUGUGACCAAAACAACGACUUUCUGACUAACAACAGCACGAAAAUGGACCAGUACUGCAAAGAGAAUGGGUUUGUUGGAUGGUUUGAGACGUCUGCUAAGGAAAACAUCAACAUUAACGAAGCAGCCAACUUCCUAGUGAAACACAUAAUGGCUAGUGAAAAUGACAUCCUCAAAUCUGUGGUCCCGGACACCAUCUCGCCUCAGCUGAGCUCCACUAAAGAGCUGCCCUGCUCUGCCUGUUUCAAAUCUUGAACCACUACAGCCUAUAGAAGCAGCAGGUGUGGACACAGUCAGCUAUAACCCAAAAUCAGUUAAGAUUCAUCAUUAAACAACAGCUUGUCUUUAAAAUAUUAAACUACAGACUUUAUAUAAUUGUAUUUAAAUACGUUGCACUUUUUUAGCCUUUUUUAUUAUUUAUGUUUAAUAAAAGUCUGGACUAGCAUUAAAUGCACUAGGUGAUGAGAUCUUAUUUUUUGUCAGAUGCACGGGCAGAUAGGUGAUUUAUGAUUAUUAUUAUUAUAAUAAAAAAACAGUACUAUUUUAUUAGAACACUCUCAGAAAAAUGCUACAAAAGCUGUCGCUGAGGUCACAACUUCUCAAAUGUACAUAUCUGUACCUAAAUGCUACAUAUUAGGACCUUUUUUGAAGGGCACCUAUUAUGCAAAAUCCACUUUUACAAGGUGUUUGGACAUAUGUGUGUUGGCAAUGUGUGGACACAACCACCCUACAAUAAAAAAUCCACCCACCCCUUUUUUUAAUACACAUUAAACCAAAGCAGUCAUUAUACAUUCCAUUUUCAUUCUCUUGUUAAUGUGACAUCACACUGAUAAAGCCCCACCCAUUGCCACUGACUGACAGUCCUGCAUUACCACAGUGUCUGCCCUUAGCGAGUUGUACGCUGUCUGCCAUAUCUCAAUAGUGAGAUAUGGUUGUCUCAGACUGUGUUCACAGGAAUCAGAUCUAUUUUACCUGAAAGCUCUCACUGUCUCUUUUGGCAAGGGAGCAUAGACUGUACAAAAAGAUGGACGACGCCCGUUCGCUCUCUUCCAUUGGUGAAAAGUGAAGUUGCCAGUGUCCCGAUAUGACGCUGACAUCUUUGGGACCAGUCCUGCGCAGUAGUGAGUAAAGUAAAGCCGCAAAAUCAAGGCCCCGCCCUCGCAGAAUGCGCAUAAUCAAUCACAAGCAAAACAACCCAUUAUGUCGGUGUGAAAUUAUAUUAAUUAUAGAAAUUUAGAUAUUAAAUUUAAAGCUCCAAUCUUCUCAGUCCUCCGAAAAUCCCGAGAAAAAUCUGUUGGUGCUUCAGUGACUACUUCGCUCGGCACAGAUAGCUUUCAAUCCUAGCUGCCAAUCAUGACGUCACACCACCGUUUUUAUAGCAUUAAAUAACUACCCAGUCUCACAAGGUUUCGUUUAAAUUUUUAUUCUUUUUUCGUGAUAUUAUCACGAAUUUCUGCGUUUUUUCGUGAUUGUAUAAUGAAUUCCUGUUUUCGUGUGAUUAUCACAUAUUGGUUACUCAACUGCUUUUUCCUAUUUUAAACCAUUGUCGCUUCGGUAUUGGGUUAGAUUUGGUGCUUGCAUUAGAAUGUCACUUUAUACAUUGGUUUAUACUAUUUUUUCUGAUUUAUUUUUUAUAUGUUGCAUUGCGUUAGGGUUAGAGUUGGGUAGCGAUGUCAUUUUAUGUAAAUCUAACCCUAAACCGAAGGGACAAUGGUAAGAAAAUAGGACAAAACAGUUGAGUAA